UCCCACUCCCCUGUCAGGAGUUUGCAUCGAUGCUGCAAGAGGGAGUGAGCGAGAGUCGGAGUCCGAGGGAGAGCAGAGUGUUGAGGCUGCUACACUCAGAACACCACAGGGCAACUGCUGCCUGUCUGGAAACUAUUCACCAUCACCCCUCCUCCUUCACCAUUUUCUCUGAAACUCCGGGUUUUGUUCCUCUCUCUGGGUAACUGUUGUGCUGUUUUGUUUCUUCCCGUCCUUUACAGUAGUCUGACUCGUCAGAGGCGAAGGAGUUUUUAGUCUCUUUGGUUUGUCCAGAGCGGCUGUAGUCUACUGUCCUGAACAUUUCAGCGUCUCUGCUGAGCAGAGGAUAGACUAAGCUUUUUUUUCUCCCCCUCUGAGCGGAUUUGGAGUGUGMGAGAGAGGGAGGGGAGUGUGCGAGCGUGCGUGUCAGCGAGAGACAGCGUGGGGAAAGGAUGGCUGCCUGCCUCUGAGCUGCGUCUGCGCUCACGGGUUAACUCACGUCAAUAAGGAACAAGAGACAAGCGAGGAGAGAACUUUUUGGAAAGAAGGAAAUUGCUUUGCUUUCUUCAAGGUUUAAGAAAGGGAUUUGAACAAUGCCUGCUGAAGUGAAACAGGAGCAGAGCCCCAGUAACCAGACGUCUCUGGCCAUGAUGCAGGAGCCCCAGGAGAUGGUGGAGGAGACGGUCACCAUUGAGGAGGACCCUGGCACACCCACCUCCCACGUGUCUGUGGUCACCUCCGACGACGGCACCACGCGACGCACAGAAACCAAGGUGACCAAGGUGAUCAAAACCAUCACCCGCCACACUUACCUGCCAGUGACCAUCAUCGAGACCCUGGUGGUGCCGGAAGGUUCCAUCUCACCGCAGUCCAAACCCAGCACCCCAGUGCCCACCUCUUCUCCCACCCCAUCACAGACAGACAGAGUGACGAAGAUGGUGAAGACGGUGACCACGCGGACGGUUCGACAGGUGCCCCUGGGCCCCGACGGCCUGCCCCUGCCUGAGGGCUCGUCCCCGCUGGGCAGCUACACAGACUCCAUCGACCGGCGCUARCUGAAGAACGGCGAGCGCUACAUCACCACGCCGCAGGCCACCUCCACGCUCACUCGCUCCUACAACAACUACAACGACUCCUACACCGACACGCUCCCCCCCGAUGCCGGCGGGAGCCAGUAUGGUGGGCGUCACUAUGGCCUCCACGACGGCUACGGGAUUGGAGACGUGACAGACAACUACGGCAGCCUGUCGCGUGGCGUCAACUUCCGGCCGCCCCGCUAUCCCUACGCCAUGGCUAACAGCUACCGGACGGAGAACAGCUACGGGACCUUACCCAUUCGGAAGGAUGACUACGGCCACGUGGCCCAGCCUCAGGUGCCCAUGGGCAGCAGCAGUGUGGACCUGAACCGGUCACAGCCAGAACGCUUCCAGCCAGAGCCCUACGGACUGGAGGACGACCGCCGCAGCCUGGGCCCUGAGGAGGAGGAGCCCUAUGACCUGGACCCUGACUACUCCACCGCCYGCCGGCGCCAAGGCACGCUGCCUGGCACCAACCGCGGCAGGACCGUGAGAGAGCCGCUCCGCGACGGGCCACGUGUCAGGGGGUACGAGGACCCCAUCGAGGCAGAGCUGGUUGACGAGCGACACCCCUACAUCCAUGGCAUGUACGCGGCCCCCCUGGCCCAGCCCGAGAGGGGGAGCAUGGCCAGCCUGGACCGCCUGGCUGGCCGCCGCUCGCCCUCCAUAGACAGCAUCCGCAAGGACCCGCGCUGGCGUGACCCCGACCUGCAAGAGGUCAUCGCCAUGCUGGGCCACCCUAUCGACCCGGUCAAGUCCAACGCCGCCGCCUACCUGCAGCACCUGUGCUACGAGAACGACAAGAUCAAGAAGGAUGUGCGCCAGCUGAAGGGGAUCCCUGUGCUGGCAGGGUUGCUGGACCACCCCAAGGCUGAGGUCCACCGCAAGGCCUGUGGAGCCCUGAGGAACAUCUCCUACGGCAAGGACCACGACAACAAGGUGGCCAUCAAGAACUGCGAUGGUAUCCCAGGCCUCAUCCGCCUGCUGAGGAAGACCAACGACAUGGAGGUCCGUGAGCUCAUCACAGGGACCCUGUGGAACCUGUCUUCCUAUGAGCCUCUGAAGAUGGUGAUUAUAAACCACGGGCUUCAGACUAUGACCAACGAGGUCAUCAUCCCCCACUCAGGCUGGGAGCACGAGCCCAACGAGGAUUCCAAGCCCCGUGARGCAGAGUGGACCACCGUCUUCAAGAACACCUCUGGUUGUCUGAGGAACGUGAGUUCGGACGGGGCCGAGGCGAGGCGCAGGCUGAGGGAGUGCGAGGGGCUGGUGGACGCUCUGCUCCACGCCCUGCAGUCAGCUGUGGGGAAGAAAGACAUGGACAACAAGUCUGUGGAGAACUGUGUGUGUAUCAUGAGGAACCUGUCCUACCACGUUCACAAGGAGAUCCCAGGGGCUGAGAAGUUCACAGACCCAUCAGUGCUGCAGGCCCCGGGCUCUGUGGGCCCUCAGAGGAAGAAGAAGGACGACGCAGGCUGCUUCGGAGGGAAGAAGGCCAAAGAGGAGUGGUUUAAUCAAGGCAGGAAAAACGGAGAGAAUGCCAAAAGCUACGACACGCUGGAUCUCCCCAAACGCACUGAACCCACAAAAGGUUUUGAGCUGCUGUACCAGCCAGAGGUAGUGAGYCUGUACCUGUCUCUGCUCACUGAGAGCCAGAACUACAACACUCUGGAGGCUGCAGCAGGGGCCCUGCAGAACCUCAGUGCCGGACAGUGGACCUGGUCCAACUACAUACGAGCCACUGUGAGGAAGGAGAAGGGUCUUCCCAUCCUGGUGGAGCUGCUGCGUUCUGAUGCUGACAAGGUGGUCCGAGCCGUGGCCAUCGCCCUGCGUAACCUCUCCAUCGACCGCCGCAACAAAGACCUGAUCGGGAGCUAUGCCAUGAGGGACCUGGUGAGUAACCUGCCCAGUGGUCAGCAGCGGCCAGCCAAGAACCUGGAGGAAGAUACAGUGGUGGCCAUCCUCAACACCAUCCACGAGAUUGUGACGGACAGCUCCGAGAACGCACGCUCCCUCAUCCAGGCCCAGGCCAUCGAGAAACUGGUGGCCAUCAACAAGACAAGCCAAUCACCACGUGAGAACAAGGCUGCCUCCCACGUGCUGCAGACGGUGUGGAGCUACAAGGACCUGAGGAACGCCCUGACCAAGGAAGGAUGGAAUAAGAGCCACUUCCAGCUUACAGCGAGCGGCGCCCCUAAAGCAGCCAAGAACGGCAAGCCAGGCUACGACGACACUACCCUGCCCCUGAUGGAGAAGAACCAAGGUCAGUCUGUGACGGCAGGCGAGACUGGGGAUCCUCCGGGCCUGGCCUACUGUGGUGAACUGAGCACCAAGAAAAAUGGAAGUGGUGAUAUGAUACCUAUGGACGAGCUUGGUCCAGAUGGCUACUCCACCAUCGACCAGAGAGACAAGGACUGCAAGUACAAGAGCGGUGGAGACGGGUCAGUGGACCUGACAGAACGGGAGCCAUUGAAGAAUGACACAAAUACGAAACACUAUGUCAGGAGUAACAGGCCUGCAGUCAAUCUGGUGGAUGCUUGUGACGUUAAACCUCAGCCUGUUGACUCCUGGGUCUAAAUGCAUGCAUGGCUUAAAUAACAACAGCGCAACAUCUCAACUAGAUGAGGAUCUCCCAUGUCAUCACUGUCAUAACACAUGGAGUUUAUUUUGAUGUUGACUCGCCAGCAGAUAGACUUUGUAAAUGAAAGAGAGAGAGAAACAAAACAACAAAAGUGAUCAUCCAUCAGCCAAUGUUUCAUGCUUUUUGAAUCAGCAAAUGAAAUGUAUAGAACAGAAAAUAAAAAAUGACUACUUCUACUACUACUCGUAUCUACAUUCCCACUGGAUGGACAAACAUAGUAUACACGAACAUGAGGACUGACUGGAGCAGCUCUGGUGUCAGGAUGGAAGAAUGGAGCCAGUUAUCCUCCUAGAGAUACAAGUGAUCUAAAGCUCUAUCUUUAUGGUUACUCUAAGGAUGGCUGCUGGUGGUGUGAGGCAGGAGAGAACGUUAUGUUUGUUGAUUCUACUGCUUGCAAAGGUGGAGGGAAAGGGGAAAGAGAAAAUUAACUAUUUAAUUUUCAUGUCAAAAUGAAGUUUGCUUCCAAUUGUUUAUUUCCAUGUAACAAUUUAGCUUUUUGUUUCCAUUUUAUUUUUGUUUGUCUUUCCUCGAGGCACUGUAAAUUGUAUUUGUUUGUAAUAUUGUUUUUCUUUUGCUGGUCUGUCUUUUUCAUUUUAGUUUGAAGAAGUGUGGACUGGUGUGGUAGAUGGCAGAUGAAUGUUGGUGUGGUUUUAAGUUGGGGACUUGAUGCUUGAGCGUCGCUUAAAGGAGCUGUAGCAGACUCCACAGAUACGCUUUUCACACGCGAAGGCUCUCAAACACAUUUGGCAUACAAUGGUUCACUGUGUUUCUUUAAGUGCACUGGGAUCAUUGCUGUGCAACGCAUAGGGGACUGACUGGGUGCUGAUUCAGUUCAUAAACCCACAAGAAUUUCACACACCUGCAAGUGUUGAUUGGAGUUAGGGAAGUGAAAUUACAUGUACAUUUGGUUGGGUUACUUAUAGCUGUUGAGUAAAACAAAAUGAAAAUAUAUUUUCUGAAUCGAUAGUCGUGGUUGUUUGCUGAAGGUAUAUGAUUUACUCGGUUGGUUGCUAUUUGCCAUUGAUGUGUAAUAAAGUUGAAUAGGAUAUAA